AUGCCUGCAGGACGACCACCAAGUGAUAUUGAUCAAUAUAAAGAAGAGAUAUCCUCCAGCUUUUUGAAUGGCCAGAGCGUAUCUAAUAUUACUAAAAUACUGUCUGAUAAAUAUCAGAUUACUGUUCAUUCUCAAACAAUUCGAAGGCGGCUUCAACAAUGGGGUGUCUCACGUACGAAUCACGAAUCCAAAGAACUAGAGGAUAAGAUCAAAGAACUAUAUUUCCAACAUGGUUUACGUGACCGUCAAAUCAUCCAUGCCCUAGAAAAGAAUGGUAUAAAAAUAUCCCAGUCUACCCUUACAACAAUUCAGCGUAGGCUUGGGCUUCACCGUCGGGUUGUCAACCCAGAAGAUAUUCAAAAUAUAAAUGAUCUUGUCAGGGCGGAAGUUCAGAAACAACUCAACAGUGGGCGUAUUGAAGGCUAUGGGCGAGGCUAUCUCUACCGAUUCUUUCGACUUAAGGGUUAUAAUAUAGCCCGCGAUCGAUUAUAUAGUAUAGUUCAGGAACUUGAUCCGGAUGGGCUUACAAAAAGCCUUCUCUUUAUUUUUCGGGAUUAUUUCCUGAAACUCAGCAAUGAUGGAUAUUUCAAGAAAAAUAGCCUUGCAGAUCGAAUUGCGAUAUUAGCAAUAUAUAUGCCUAUGGCUCGUGAAGAGAUUGCUUCUUAUAUUAACGUAUGGAAUACGCAUGGAAUCAGAAAGCAGUCUCAUCGCAUUAAUAGUAUCAAUGGCCAACCCAACGUUUUAUAUCAUCUAUCAGAAGACGGUAUACAGGAUUAUGGAUCAAAGCCUGAUCAAGUGGUAUUGCAAACAUUGCUUGAUGAGCAUAAUUUUGAACUUAAUGAAUAUCUGCCGCUAGAUACUUUGAAUUGGUGUUAA